UGAAAGACAAUCUUCAGCAUCAUUACAUGGCGAGAACCUGUGAGCAUCGACGAUUGAAAUCACUCCCUCUGACCAAAGAGAAUCUGAUGGUUUUUAAUGACCAUCAAGCGAAGCAGCCACCGCCCAAAAAACGCGUUUAUUCCAGCCUUGGACAUUCGACCGUGUCCUCGUGGCGAAAGCAUUGUAGACAAGAUGUUGUACUGGAAUCCCCACACAUAUCGCCGUUCCCUUACCACAACGACUCGCUAUUUCUGCCCUUGGCCGAACAUACACCGCCGCUUAGUCAUCCUUCUAGCAAUAAAUCAUCUACAAGCGGUUCCCAAUCAAGCUCUAGUACUUUAUCAAGAUCCGGAUGUGGAUCGCACACCAGUUUAUGGCAUAAUUCGAGCCAUGUGGAAUUGAAGCAGAUAAAGCAGGAACCUGCGACAAAUCUUCCAAGACGCGCGGCAAGCGCUCCUCCUCUGAUGGAUCGAAAACGACACCGGUCCUUGCCUUCCAAAAUGGCUUCAUUCCACAUUGGGAAGCUGCUCAAACGUCUAUUUCAUGCCACCAUUCCGAAACGGAAUUCCAAAAAGGCUACUUCGUCUCCUAUCGACACCUCCUCCACUGUAUGGUACAGCCAGUAUACAGCCAAUCCAGCCCCGCCAGCUGGCUUGGCCGUGGCUACGGUUGCCUGAAAAACAGCGAAACCGCAUAUGCACUCCCAUGGUUUUAUGUUCAUUCAUUAUUUAUACAUUGUAAAUGAAAGAUACAACUUUCAAAAUAGAAGCUUUACAUUUAGCAGCUUGAAGUUUUGGUAAUAAGCCUUCUUCGAACUCUGUCAUUAAAAAUAUCGAUUCAAUGCAACGAAUUGACCAGUGCCUGUAUGGAGAGGAUGUGAACCCUCGUAUGUAUCGUAGGUAGCGUGUGUUAUCCGAUUUUGGAGUCCAGCACAUUAUUACAGACUUCCAUAAAAAGUCAAGCCGUUCAAGACACAAUAAAC